UGCAACGUAAUUCUUGUUUAGGUGAUUGGCAAACAACAUUAGUACACAUUGUAUAUAGUUACUAGGUGGAUAUAGUAGUUCAACUGAAACUUGCUGGACUGUCUAUAAAGCUAUGGCUGAAUUAAAUGCAAUUUCCCUUCGGGAGUUGUCUUUAGUAGACACCCAAAAUACAGGCUUAAUUGGGAAGGUGGUUGCAAAACGCUACCACAUUGAUAAAGAACUUGGCAAAGGGAAAUAUGGCAUUGCUUUGCAAGUUUCUGACAGAGAGGAUAAUAAUAUGAAGAAAGUUUUGAAGCGUGUACAAAUUGCGAGUUGCAGAGAUAUCCAAACAGUUAGGCAAGAAGCUGGAAUUUUAAGUUCUCUUAACCACAAGUAUAUUGUACAAUUUCUCAGCAGUUUCUUUGAUGGUGAUUGGUUCUGUAUUAUAAUGGAACUGUGUGAGGGUGGGACACUGGCCACAAAAAUUGAAUAUGCAAAAUCUGAACAAUUACCAAUUGACGCUCAGGAUAUUUUGAGAUGGACAUAUCAAGUGUUAGAUGGUCUACAAUAUGCACACAGUCGUGACAAAAAAGUCUUACAUCGGGACAUAAAACCGUCAAAUAUUUUGUUGGUUGGCAAUGACGCUAAGUUGUCAGAUUUUGGUUGCUCAAAACAACUGGAUGCAUCAACAUAUCAAGCAUCUAGUAUAGUAGGAACGAUUCUAUACCUUGCCCCUGAAGUUCAUAAUGACCAGGUUUACAGCGACAAAUCGGACGUAUGGUCAGUAGGAUGUAUCUUAUAUGAGCUUUUUACCUUGCAACCAAUCUGUGGGUCUGCAGCUGUUGCAAUGCAAAUAAUUCCAUACCUAAAGCACAUGGAUACUAUGCCCACUCCUACAUUGCCAGAUGAACGUUUCCAGGAUUUGUUUUUAAGAAUGAUGGAAAAGGAUCCAAGAAACAGGGCAAGUGCUGCUGAAGUUUUAGAAGACCGCCAUUUUGAAGUUUUUCAAACCAAUAAUGGUUCUAACGCUGGAUCAGAAGGGUUGACAAUAGAACUUGUGGAUGAUGACCCCAGCAACCAAAUGGAAGGCACUUGUGUAAUUUGGAUGCCUAGUAAUGUGGUAUUGCCGACAGGAGAUUUGGCAAGCCUUUCACCAUAUGGGAGUUUCAGGCAAGCAGUAAAUCAAUACAGCACUCAAAGCUUAAACCCCAGCUGCCUCAGAUUCUUAAGGCCUUCACGGCUUAUACCCUGCCAGCUAAAACAGUAUAAUGCUAAAGAAGAAAAAAUGCUACAAACAGCCAUUUGCAAAUCUGUCAAGCUAGCAUUGGAGCAGGGUGACAAGGAAAUGUACAAUUCAAUUGCAUUCACUUUGCCUUUGGAUAAAUUGAACUACCCUGCGGAAAAAGUUGCACGUUGGUUGCAAGAUGAGUUUCGUCGUUUUCGACCGUUUUAUUUGAAAACUGUGAAUCUUGUUUUGGAUCCAAACCAUAAAGAUGCUCAGAAGUGUCGAGAUGUCUUCAGCAUCACACCAUGUGAGAUUGGUAACGUGGUAGUUUCAGUCUUCUGUGGUGACAUCACUACUUUAAAAUGUGGUGCAAUUGUCAAUAGUACAGAUGGGAACUUUCAACUUUCAACUGGGGAUCUAUCUCAAACAAUUUAUGACAAAGGUGGGCAAUUGUUAAAAACAGAGGCAGCAGCCAAUCCCUCAGCGCACAUGCGUAUGACUAGUGGCGGUAAUAUGGCAGAUAUACAAAGCAUUCACCAUAUUCACAGUUCUAGCCUUGGUGAUGUACGCAAUCUGGUUUUAAAGGCGCUAAAUGCAGCAAAUGAAGAGAAGAAUAAGUCAAUUGCUAUUCCAGCUAUUGGAACAGGUAAUUUGCAUUAUGAUCCUGCUAAAGUAGCUCAAGCUAUUCGAGGUGCUUUAGAAGAUUUUGUUAAAAAUACUGAGUUUUCAGCACUUAAAGAAGUCUAUAUUGUGAUAUUUCAACCAGAAAUGCUAGCUGCAUUCCAGCAAAAUAUAUGCUAUUAAUUGCCCACAAGUCUUUUUUUACACCAUAUGAGUUAGUUUAUAAUCUUUAUACUUGUAUGGCAGGGCAAUGACAGUUGUUAUAAUACAGGUGUUCUGUUUCAUACACCUCUUGCCUGCUUACAAGUUACCACCUAUGUAACUUUGUGGGUAAUUUUAUGGCUGAUAAUUUCCCAUUAGUGAUCUCUCUGUUUGGGUUAUUGCCAUUAAGUGCCUUGCCCAAAAACACACACAUGUGUUCAACUAUUCAGUGAAAUGAAUGUAACUUGUUUUAUCCUCGCG